UGAAAGCCCUAAUGGCGGAGGAGCUCGGUGAGGAGGCGGCGGCCGCGUCGCCCAAGUGGCUACAAGAUUAUCAGGGUCCCGAUACGAUCGUUCUAUCUCCUUCUCCUUCUCCAUCGCCGGAACGAGAGAUUGGGAAUGGAUCUAAGAGGAAAAGAGUUGCGCUUUCCGAUUCCGACGAAGACGAACAAGAAAUAUGUGAAGAUGCCGCGACAGAAGAGAAAGAAGAGGACGAGUCAUGUCACAAACGGGACAUAGUUAAUGGAUCUAAGAGGAAAAGAGUUGAGCUUUCCGAUUCCGACGAAGACGAGCAUAAGCUAGAAAUAUGUGAAGAUGCCGCGACAGAAGAGAGAGAAGAGGAUGAGUCAUGUCACAAGAAGGAGGAAAAUGGGGAAGAGCUAGCUGCCGACGACUCACACAAGCCUGAGAGCAGUAACAAAAAAACUAAACCAAAGAUGGCUUCCUCAUUGCCCCUUGUCUUUCCCGAGAAGAUUUCACGGAGUAAGGUGCUUCUAGAAUGUGAAGGAGACGCCCUGGACGUGAGCGGGGACAUUGGAGCAGUGGGACGAGUUUCCGUCUGUGAAACGGACAACUCGAAAGUUUUUCUUGAUCUCAAAGGCACUAUUUACAGGACCAACAUUGUUGCAUCGAACACGUUCUUUUUGGUUAACAUCGGGCCUUCUGAAGCAAAGGUAGAAGCCUUAAUGAACGACUUUGUGCAGUUGCUGCCCGAUGCAGGCAACAAAAUUGCUGAAAAUAUGAUUGAAGGUACCUUGGAAGGAAUGACCUUCGACUCAGAAGAUGAGGGCAUGGAUGUUGCAGCAGCUUCUGCUGCAGCACUUAAAAAAGAGGAAGCCGAUACAAAGGAAAAGACUGGCAAGGCUUCCAAAAUCGUGAAGAGAGCGGCAAAACCGAAAGACAACAAGCCAAAGACAGCCAAGAAGCCUGCUAAGCGCAGCGGUGCAAAGGCAACCAAAAGAGCGACCAAAAAGUCGAAAUAGCUAGACGCUCAAAGGCAGGAUUUGCAUUAAUUAUAGGUAGGUGGAGCGGUGGUUCAUACUCUAUAGUAGUACGGCAAUUUGGUUCGUCAGGUUGGUGCUCAUGCUUCAAUGAUGAUGAGCCACAACACUCCAGGUGAUAAAGAAUGCCUCUCGUCUUUCCGGGGAAA